AUCACAAUCAAAAGAAUGGAUUGAAGUACCCGUUGUACGUGGCAGAGUUUGACAUUGUGAUGCAGGCAACAAAGCUGGGUACGAACACAUCGGAUACAUGCCUUCCUGCAGGCAAUUGUCUUCCUCUUGGGGGCUACAGUGUGAUGAGCUCCUUACCGCCGAUCAAUCAGUCGGAGACGGCCAAAUCGAUUGUUCUGGCGUUAGCGACCAUGGACUCUGCGUCCUUCUUUCGGGACGUUGUUCCUGGAGCAGAUUCGCCGAUUUCGGGAAUGAUUGCUCUUCUUGGAGCCCUGGAUGCCCUCUUCUCUUCAGCUGACGUCCUCUCCUUGCCCAAGCAGGUUCUGAAAUUCUGAAUACCUUUGUUAAAAUAAAAAAAAUAAAAAAAAGAAACAGUCCCUUUAACUC